AUGUCUGAGGGAGUCGGCCUUCUCUCAACAUCAGCGGAAUUUCAACUAGACGAUGCGGAGAGUCUCCAAGAGAAAGAAUUUGAGCUUCGAGGCGUAAAGAGCUCUAAGCCUAGGGUUUCUUUUGGAUGGUGGCCCCUGUAUCUCGCCAUACUUCUUCUAUCUUUGAUCACCAAUAUCGCUCAAGUUUGGCUGUGGUCUCAAGCACAUCGAGCUGCUAGUGUGUGCAAGCUUCCAUUAGCGGGAUUAGAACCUAACAUCGACGUUGAUUUUGGGGAGAAGACUGCCUACGGUGAUCUUUCUGACCUGGCUGCUUUGGAUAAGCUAUGGUUAUCCAUCGACACCAACCCUGGAGUGGUUGCCCUCCCUUUUGACUACCAUCUGGGCAGUACCGAUGCUUUCCCAUGGGACAACACGAAAGGACUAUACGUGAUGAAUAGCUUCCACAGUAUGCACUGCCUGCAAGCACUUUAUGGGUACGUGCGAAAUUGCGAUUCUGGCGCGAACCAAACACAAACAUUAGAACAUGCUGUUCACUGCCUUGACGUCUUGCGAUCAGAAGUUAUGUGCACAGCAGACGAUACUCCCCUCUCAUUUAGAUUCCAGGAGGUUGUUCAGGCUGAACGAGCGCCAAAAAGGAAAUGCAGAGACUGGAACAAGUUAGUCGAGUAUACAACGGCAAAUUCAGCCUGCUUUCGCCGCUAUUCACCCAACGAUCCAAGAUACAGUACUCUUGACGAGUACCUGUUCUGCCCACCCAAUUCUCCAUACAAGGCAUUGGUUGAUGAUUUUUUGGCGCAGGACUUUGAAUGA